GGUACGAGAGCCUCACUGGAGGACUUCCGGGGGAGCUGGGGCCUGGCGAGGCCGGACUAGCGCCAGGAGGAAACCGGGUGUUUCCCGGGCGGUGGGGCCACGCCCCCUCCCGGAGAUGCUGCCGGGCGAGGUGCCGCCGGCUGGCCCGGGGUCCCUGCGGGGCAGCGCUGUCGCCGCUGCCGAGGUGGUCGCCGCCAGGAAGCAACGCGCCUUCGCCCGGAGGAAGGCCUUCUCCCUGUUCGUCAAAGCGAAGGAGGUGCCGGCGGAGGCACGGGUUGCGGCCGGCGGAGAGGGCGCGCGGUGGCGGUGCUGCCGGCAGGCCUUCGAGGAGCUCUCCGGUAUCCACAGGCAUGUCGCUCUGCAGCAUGGCGGGGACGUGGGGCAGCUGGCGGGGCCGGCAGCGCAGCUGGCAGCGACCGAAGUGAGGCCCUCCGGCGGCCCGGCUGGAGCAGGCAGCACCGACGAGCGAAACGGACACUCCGGUAACUGUUCUGAGAUUGUCUGUGCGCUCCCGGACACGAGCCACGUUAGCUAUGACGACCUGACAAGCAAGGUGGGAGAAGUACUUCUGUAUUACUGUUACUGUGAGGUGAAGGAUCCAGAGAAACUAUGUUCUUGGCAAAAGGCUCUGUGCCAGCAUCUGCAUCUCACUGGAAAGGUACGAGUUGCGUCAGAAGGGAUUAAUGGGACAGUUGGUGGAAGCAAAGUAGCUACCAAUCUCUAUAUUGAAGUUAUGCUUUCCCAGCCUCUGUUCAAAGACAUUUUGUGUCAAGAGGACUUCAAGAGCAGUGCAGGAGGAGCUCACUGUUUCCCAGACCUUCGAGUUGGAGUAUUCAAAGAAAUUGUACCUAUGGGCAUUGAUCCAAAGAUAUUGUCUUAUAAAGAAACUGGAAUCCAUUUAUCCCCUCAGGAAUUUCACAGAGAAGUAGAACAGUUUUUGUCUCAGGCCAGUCAAGGACAAAGCAAUACCAUCUUGCUGGACUGUAGGAACUUCUAUGAAAGUAAAAUAGGACAAUUCCAGGGCUGUCUGGCUCCAGAUAUCAGGAAGUUCAGCUAUUUUCCGAGCUAUGUAGAUGAAAACCUGGAGCUUUUUCAAGACAAGCGUGUCCUGAUGUACUGCACAGGAGGGAUUCGUUGUGAAAAAGGCUCUGCUUACCUACGGAGCAAGGCAGUGUGCAGAGAAGUUUACCAGCUAAAAGGUGGCAUUCACAAGUACCUGGAAGAGUUUCCAAAUGGAUUCUACAGGGGGAAGCUGUUUGUGUUUGAUGAUCGUUACGCCAUUUGUUCCAAUGAAGAUAUCAUCUCAGCAUGCAGAUACUGUGGGACACUGUGGGACCAGUAUAAACUUUGUUCCAGCCAGCACUGCCGGCAGCUUGUCCUGACAUGUCCAAGUUGUCGCAACAAAGGUCUUACAGCUUGCUGUCCUGUUUGUCAAGAGAAAGAGCUCAAGGUGACUUCAAGAGCUUCAGGACAGACACUUAAAGAGGAAUGUGAAUGUACAAGGAGACGGCCAAGGGUACCUAUUGAAUAUGUCUCGCAAAGGGCGCUGGACGCAGGAAAAGAUUAAGCUGUUUCAUUAGCUAAUCUGACACAAGCUAAUGCAAAGGGCUCUGUGACCAGAUCUCUAUCUGUUAUUCAGUUAGGUUCGGAAAACAUGAAAAUGCAUUGGCUUGGAAAGUCUUGUUUGUACACUGCCUUUAAGCCUAGAGUACGCCCUGAAAACCAUCUAUUACUUGACCAUAAAUUACCAGAGUGCCCAACCCAUCACCAGCACUACAGGAUUCCUCUCCCUGAGUACAAUCUUGUAGCAUGGCCUCUACCAAGGGGAUUUUGGAGCAGAGUAUGUGUGAUGGGACACACCUGCUCACAAUUCAAAAGAAACUGAAAGGACAUAAGAACAAUUCCAUUCUUUUCCUCCUGCAUGGAGAUGGAUCUCUCCAACCUCUCCAUUGAUCAUGCAUUUGCUUCAAUAGCUAGUGCUAGGGUGUGAAAACAGCAGAUGUAUCAGAUGGGUGUGUGUACACGACUGGAUUAGAGCUGAAGAGAUUUUCCAUGUACAUGCCAUCUGCCUGCAUUUCUUGCUUUAUACCAGUGAGAAACAAGGGGUAGUUACCUGAAGCCACUAACUUGACUCCAGUGUAAAAUUGUCUGAAGGCAGGUAAGGACCCCUCUUGUAUCUUUGGGCCUUUGCUCCAGUUACUGCCUGCCCAGCUGUACUUGUUGUGUGUGACCUGUAGGACAAACAGCAAAAAUAAUCCUCGUUCCAAUGCUCUGUCUCCCUGGGAACUGUUUUUUUUCCCACAACUUGUCAGUACAUGAAAUGUCCAGGGCUCAGCUCUGCUUGCACUGGAAAAAAACAGCUUGAAACAUGUUGAAACAGAGACACACAGAGAGGGGAGCACAGAGACUGUCAAAAUACCAGCAUUAUGGGACUGGAAGUGAUGGAGACAGGGGUGCAGAAAUGUCAGUAACAGCUAUUAGGAGGUUGCAAGAUCCUUUAUCCAAGUUAAAUAAUUCAAGAUUUGGGCGCAUUUGUGCUUUGUAAACAUGGGUUGAGUUUUUCAAAAGCUGUGAGAUAUUUAGGUGAUUUCCACCUCCAAUUACUGGAGAAAUAGUCUUUCAGUUUGAAGGGAUCCACAGCAUAUGAUCUCAAAAUACUUUGCCUGCUGCUUUGUGUGCCUGAUGCGGCAGAAUGUACAGAAAGGUUCUAUCAAUACUGUAGAAGAUGUGUCUUGACUGAAAAAUGUCUUUGAAACUUACUGUCAUUCUUGGUACUAAAUAGUAGUUAGUCAUUAGGAGAUCAAAAUUAUUUACUGGUUUGUUGGGUUUUUUUUACUGGCAACUGCUUUUAAAAGCAAGAAAACAGUUUACUCAGGUUUCUGCACUUGCUUAAGGACAGUUAGGGCAAUGUUAUUUUCAUACAGAUUGUAACACUCUCCCACAGUGUUAUGAAUUCAGCAAGGCCUCAUUGUUGGCUUGAGUAGCAACUUAGACAUGGGCGUGUGUUCCAUUAAAGCCAUGGCAAGCAUUUCUUCUAACUUCCAGUAUUGCUACCAUGAAACCAACAGUUCAGCAACUGUCUUCAUGACUGUUCCUUUCAAGAAGCAAAACUUGACACUUAUGAAUGUCUCCUUUGGGAAUCUUUCUAGGAUGGUAUUUCAUAGUAAACCUGUGCACAAUCCAUACUGGAGAAGAAAUUGGAAAAUUCCCAUCAGUGGACAUCUUCAGCAGAAGUUGAAGCAGUACCCAUGGUCCCCUGGCAUCUUGCCUCCCAAACUUUAUUGGCCAGUUAACCUCUUAUGCUUUUGAGGACUGGAAUAUUUGUGGAAAAACACGCAAGAUCUACUUGCAGGCCUGGUCUAGAGUGCUGAUGGGAGUGCCCCAACUUGCAUGUUAUGCUCUCUUCAUCUAUUAGGCUAAAAAGAACACAGUUUUAUAAUUCAGUCUUAUCAGCAAGUCUGGAACACUAAUCUAUUUGGAAGGCUUUUUCUAUAUCACUUAUCAGUACAGAAUGGCAACAUCUCUAUUUUAUAUAUAAACUUUGGGAACUCCUAUGAUGAUAAAUAACCUUUAAUACUUCCAUUGUAAUUUUUUACGUACUGCACAAAUACACUUCAUCUUUUUGUUGGUGGUGCUUAAUUCUGCAGAAGUAAAUGCUGAAACCUAGCUAGUUGUCUGCCACAUGGUAGACCUGCGUACCAGGUACAAUUCUGCUGAGAGUUCCUGGCAGCUGGAGAUUCUACCUCAAACGCAGAGGGGAACUAUGGAGCCUCUGGUCCUUGCUGCACUAAGGCAAGAGAGAAGAAGGGUUUGAGUUGUACAGGUUUACAGGGGCCCUGUAAAGCCAGGUUUCCUCUGUGGCAGAGAGGGGAGGAAGCGUAAGAGACAUCCUUAGCCUCCCUCUUGCCAGUUAGCCCAUGAGUCACUUCUGUAUCCUGGCUUCUGGAUUAAUUUUGUGAGAUUAAUACAAAUAAGGGCUUGCCAUGUGAAAUGCUGUGUGCUGGGAUCCAGGCAUCUCAGUGGUAAUGCACAUUAGCUCCAGGAGAGGUGAGAGUUAAGCAGCAUUGGCUGUGACUGCCAGAUGCUGCAGUCAGCAAGAUGGCUUUUUCCUCUUUUCCUGGAGAGCUGCUGGGACAAACAGUGAUCCAUUUGUUCCUAAAUAUCACCAUUUUGUAGCUCCAUUGCUGCUCAGCUUGAUGCUUCCCAGCACAGCUGUCUCUGCUGCACAGCUCACAGCCCUCACACACAUCUUUCAGCAAAGCAACUCUGUAAGGAUCAGCUAAGGAACCCAGAGUGAUCCUGCCAGUUUAAUAUACGUGUGGGCUGCAUGGUUAAUUUGGAUGCUGCUACAGUGAAACACAGGACAAGGUUCUUGCCUUUUUUUUAAUUUUUAUUUUAUGGGCUAUUUUUUUCAUUCAGGAAAAAAAUGCUGGUUUAGUAUCCACAAUAGUGCUCCCUGCUCUGCAGAUGCGUCUCCUUGCAUGUCUGGUUUCUUAGCACCAUCAGGAUUUUCCAGGAUGAGAUUCAUUUAUGUUCUUCUGAAGCCAGUGGAAGAGCUGAGCCUGUGCCAUACAAAUCUGAGUGGAUGGCUCAGCUGAAACUGUGCGGCUCUGGUUUGAUUAUUUAAUUCACGGUUUUUUUAAGCCUUUGCCACAUGCAUAUGGAAGCAAGGGGCUGUGUGCCAAUUUUUUGUGUUUUUUUUUUUUUUCUUAAAUAUGUUUUCAAGUAUUUUUCUUCAUUAUUUUCAUUUUCUGAUAUGGAACUUGCAGGGCAGGGGUGGGGAGAAGCUGUAGUGAAGCAUUUGAUUUGACAGCACUGCUACAUCUAUUAAGAUUUGAAGGGCAACAAAUAUAUUUCCCACAUUGCUGGAAGCGUAGUAUUUCUCUGCUUUGUUGGUCAGAGCAAAAUUGUGGGUGGUAUUUGCGCACAAGCUCUGAAGAAAUCUGUGGGACUUUUGCUGGAAUAUGUGUAAAAGGCUGCAAAACUUCACUCUUAACAGAUGUGUACAGACAGAUUUCUAGCAAGUGAGAACAUUUUCUAGGGCACGUUGUCAGAAGACCAUGAAUAAAAGGCUUCAGUACAGCAACGCUUCUGCUGGGAGACUCUUCUUGCUGAGCAGGACCCCACCCAUGUUAAUAGUGGGAGUUUUGGAUGGGAUAGUGCUGGGUCCAAUUCUCUGCAUGUCUGGGAGCUACGUAAGCCCAUGGGGAAUUCCUCCCAGGCUAGAUGAUGGGUAGUAGACUGUGUGACAAAAAGCUGUCAGACUGUAUGCAGUGUAUGGCCAAGUUGGAGUAUUUCACUUAGCAACUUUUAUAGGGCACAACAUUUAUUGUUGCAUUUAUGCAGACAUUAGGGACGGCAAUAAAAGAAAAACCCUAGCAGAACAAAAUUUAAUUAAUGGACAUGGUCAUCUAGAUAAAACAGCAAAGAGAGAGAAUUUUACUUGUUUCCAGUGAAUAUCUAGACACACACUUUCAACCUUAGGAAAUGGAAGGGAGUGGGGAUUAGAAGAGAGGGCUCCGGUUUGCUGAUUAGUUUGGCCACCUCUGUGGGGUUAGCAUUUGUGUCACAUAUCUAAAGGUAACUAUUUUCUUCAGACAUACGUAGGAUAGAAAGAUAUUAACCCAUCCUAAACCGCUUAAUUUUUGAGGCUGUGUUUUAUAAUUGGUGGCCUUAAGUUCAGCUUAAUCAGGGGGCGGAGAUCAAUUUUUUCUAACAAACAUAGUAUUGCAUUUGAAACAGCAUCUCCAACUAAUUGACUCAGCAAAUGUCAGUAAAAACUUGUAAUUCACAAUUCUUGAAAUUAGCCAUGUUUCCAGGUAGUAGAAGUGCUUGUUAAACUUGUUGCUCCUCUAUAGUUGAGAGCAAUUUGGAAAAAAAAAAUUAAAGUAUUUUUUUAAUGCUUCCAUAA